AGCUAUUUGCAUGUCAUAAGGUCUAAGGGAAACAAACUGACCCUCAGCCUUCCUCCAUCCAGCCAAAUUCUGCUGGGACCCUCAAAUAGCUCUGGCAAAGUGUUCUGUUUCUUUUGGACUUGAUAAGUGCUUGUUUCUCUGAAGACAUGUAAUUAUUUCUUCCUUUAUUUUGCUGCACAAGUUACCAAGAGAAGCAGCUCAAAAUCAAAUCAAGAUUUCAUAGCUGUUUGCUACUGCAAGAAAACUUUCCAGAUAGUGUCUUUUCUGAUCAGGUACUCGUUCUGACUUGAUCUGUAAUAUAUGCCCUUGGUUCCUACUGCUGCUCUCACCGUUUUUUGAAGAGCAAAAAUUCUCGUAACCUUAAACACUCAAGCAUAGCUUAAAGAUCACGUGGAGAACCCCACCAGAAUGACCAGCAAUCACACAGACUGUCAUUACUGCCUGCAGUCUCUUCGUGGAAGGAAGUAUGCAUUAAGAGAUGAAAACGCUUAUUGUGUUGCAUGUUAUGACAGCCUGUUUGCUAACCCCUGUGAAGAGUGCAAGCAACCUAUUGAGUGCAAUUCCAAGGAUCUGGCCUACAAAGGCCGUCACUGGCAUGAGGGGUGCUUCAAGUGCGCCAAAUGCAGUCGCUCGCUGGUGGAGAAACCGUUUGCUGCCAAGGACGAGCUCUUGCUGUGUACUGAAUGCUACUCUGAUGAGUAUUCAUCUAAGUGUUUCCACUGCCAGAAGACCAUUAUGCCUGGUUCCCGUAAAAUGGAAUUUAAGGGAAGUUCCUGGCAUGAAUCCUGUUUUGUUUGCCAGUAUUGCCGGCAACCAUUGGGAACAAAACCAUUGAUCACCAAAGACAAUGAGAAUUACUGCGUGCCCUGUUUUGAGAAGCAAUUUGCUCACCAUUGCUACUCCUGCAAAAAGGUAAUAACUUCUGGGGGAGUGACCUACCAUGACCAGCCUUGGCAUAAAGAAUGCUUUGUGUGUGCUGGGUGUAAAACCCAGCUGUCUGGACAAAGGUUUAUUUCCAAAGAUGAGUAUCCAUACUGUGUAGACUGUUUCAGCAAAUUGUAUGCUAAGAAGUGUUCUGCCUGCAAGAAACCUGUUACAGCUCUUGGAGGUGCCAAAUUUGUCUCAUUUGAAGACCGCCAGUGGCAUGGGGAAUGCUUUAACUGUGCAAAAUGCUCUGUCUCAUUGGUGGGCCAAGGAUUCCUGACUCAGCAGGAUGAUGUCCUUUGUCAUGAAUGUGGCUCUGCUUCAUAGUUCUGUGGAGAGCUGUACAGCUGCAUUAUUCUCGCUCUGUAAUGAUCUACUUCAUUACUCUGCAGUAAGAAAAUCAUCUAAAAGGUAUAACAGGCAUUUAGUUAUUUAAGUAACUUUCCAACAGCAGUUUAAUUCUAUCAUAGUUCUCAACUGCUUGUAAAAAAAUUGAAACAGCCCCUUACUAGUUAAGAAAAUAAUGCAGAAAAGAUUUGUAUAUAUUUUAAAUCUAACUACACUAUGUUUCUCCUUGUAACACACUGCACUCUGCUGUUAGAAGCUUAAAAAUUUACAUUUCAUCUCCCAUGUACCAAGGAGGAUUGUGAAAAGUCUCUGUGGCGUAUGACUAAAGAUGAGACAUUAGCAGUGCUUCACAGACCUUAGUGUGGAAAGCUGGGCAUGUACAUAAUAUUGAUGGGAACACCUUAUAAAUAUCAACUCCCUUCAUACUUUGGGGGAAAAAAAAGGUGCUGAAAAAAGCAGGCAGAAGGUAGGAGAGGGUACUUUUACACAAAGGACCACCUAGUCAGAGAGGUCCAUUCCAGGGCCAAAUAAAGGGGAAAAAAAUGUCAUUAUCCUCUCCUUACUGAGAUUGCUCCUCAGAAACAUAGUCUUUAGUCAUCCAAAAAACUGUGUGACAGGUCCUUUUCCAAAAUUGGUCACGUGUACUUAAUUUUUCAGGCACAACUGCUUUAGAGCAUAAAUAAACCCAUAUUUUGAGCUACUGUAAGAGGUGAGGAUUGCCCAAGAUUGGAUAGUGCUGAUGUACACUUUCCCAUAGCUAAUAUGCCUUAAGACUCUGUGUCCAUUGUCUUCACUAGACCUUCAAAUACAUGCAUAAAACAUAUAUUUUUUUGUUAGUAGGCACAAGAACCAGCUGAAACUUGUCCCUUUAACCUUGUACUUCUCCUCCCUUCAAAAACGAUUUGCCAGCAAUCAAAACCCUGUUAAUGGCCUUACCAUUUCCACCCUGCUAGGCCUUUGAUUCACAGUCUGUCCCUUCUCUUGUAAAUGUCUGCUUGUCUAUAGCAAGCUAUUCAGAACCAGUAUCUGAUUCAUUUUGCCAUGUGCCGCAUGCAUUUUCUAAUAUUAUGUCAAGAACUGGCAAUGUCAUUGCAAGCUAGGCAGUCCUCGCUUGUAGUACAAAGUAUUAGUUUCUAGGUAGCUGGCUUUGAGAAGGUUAUGUCUGCUCGCUGAGCUUCAGCGCUCAAGUGUUUGUUAUUAAAGGCCAUCUAGAGCUGAGUUACAAGCAUUUCUCUUCUUCCUUCUUCUCUUCCAUACUGUAUGUUACAGUGGCCUGAUUCACGUUACAGUGUCUGUACUGGGCUGUGGUGAAAAAUGCAGUGAUAUUAAGGAUGGCAGAUUCUGCACUGCUUGGCACUGUUUCAGUCCUCAUCUCGCACGUCUUUUAAGUUGUACACUCUCCUGUAGACUCUGACCUUCAGUGCAUAGUUAUUUGGCUGACUUGAGUGGGCUUUAUUCAUACUGAAGCUAGCCAUUACUUUAGGUAGAGAAGUGAAAAAAGGAGAAAAGAAAAAUAAAAGAAUGUGUGCGAAAAGCUAAGCCAGAGCUGAAUUGCAGUGGCAUGAAAUCAAUAUGGAUAAUGACUGACCAACAAGUACAUAGCAGUCUGUUUUCCAGUCAAUAAAAUAUUGAUCUUUUGCUUUA